CAAAAAUUCGAAAAAAGAAAAAGAUUUGAUAAAUGUAAAUCUUCAGAAAUUAGAUACGCAUGACCAAGAUAUACCCGAUACAAUCCCUAUUGCAAGCAUUACGGCAUCUUCGCAUUCAAACAACUUAUCUUCUAAAAAAGGUGAAAAAAAAUUAAAUGCAGCAAUUUUGAAAAAUGAUGGUGAUAGGAGUUCCAUAUCGUCAAAAUCAGAAUGUUCUGUAAAUAAACGUAAUAAAAAAAAUAUGAGCGAAACUGAAGCCGCUACUAAAAUUCAAGCGGCUUAUAGAGGAUUUCAGAUACGACAACUCUACCCCAAAAAAAAAAAUAAAAGUAAAAAAUCAAAUCAAGAAGAUUCCUCUACCACCGCUUAUUCAAAUUCUUCAAUAUAUGACAAACAAAAAGACCCAAAGCUUAAUCCACAAAAACAUAUGGAAUCCUAUGAAGAAAUAGAAAACAACGAAAAACCUAUAACCUCUCUCGAUCCCAACUUAGCUGCUAUCAGAAUCCAGGCCUUAUAUAAAGGUCACAAGGUCCGAAAAGAUUACAGACUACUAUCUAACUCUAAUAAGGAAAACAAAGAAAUCAGUAUGAAUCCUGACCAGGCUGCCACUAAAAUACAAGCAGUAUUUAAAGGAUACAAGACACGAAAGGAACUAGCUAAUGUUAAUAAUUGAAUUAUAAUUAAUUAUGUUAUGCAAAUAUUUGCUUAUCGCACAUUAUGUAAAAUAAUAUUUCUUAUAUCAAAAUAAAAAUAAAUGAAAUAAA